AUGGCAUCCAAAAACAACACAGUUGGAAUCACAGAAUUUUUCAUCACUGGUUUUGAUGACCUUGAGCAUCCAAAGGCAGUGGGAAUUGUAAUUCUGAUGAUCUAUUCACUUAUUUUACUAGGAGGCACCACCAAUAUAUGUAUUAUUGCAUCAGACAAACGUCUUCACACACCCAUGUACUUUUUCAUUUGCAAUCUAGCCAUUGUAGAUAUGAUGUACAGCAGCAGUGCUAGUGUGACAAUGUUAACAAUCCUUCUAGUGAAAACAGUAUCUUACAAGCCCUGUGCUGCUCAUAUGUUUUUGUAUCACAUGGGUGAUUUUAUGGAAGCCUUUGCUAUUGGUUUGAUGGCCUUUGAUCGAUUGGUUGCAAUUUCCAAUCCUUUAAGAUACCACAGCAUCAUUACAACCAAUCGUAUACUGUUAUUAGUGUUAACUACAUGGGUAAUAAACAGUGCUGUAGUAGGUACUUUAGCCGGUAUAACUGAAGGACUUCCUUCCUGUCAUACUGUUCUUAAAUAUAUGUUUUGUGACUAUCCUGGUUUGGUAAGGGCAGCCUGUGUUAAUCCUGAUGAUUACUUUGUGUUUCCAACCAUUGCGGUUAGUUUGGCGAUUUAUAGAAACUUUGUCUUUGUUUUGUUAUCAUACAUAUGGAUAAUUUGUACAGUGUUUAAAAUUUCCUCUGAAAGCAGAAAACACAUGUUUAGCACUUGCUUCAGCCACAUGAUUGUGGUUGUUUGCUAUUUUGUUCCCAAAUUUGUUGCCAAUAUUCUUACUAGAGUUGGUCUUGUGUUAACAAUCCCAGAACGCAAUGGGUUACACAUUGUCGCAACCUUGGUCCCUUCUCUUGUAAAUCCUGUGGUGUAUUGCUGCUAUUACUCACUGUGGAAAGAUGACAACAGAUUAAAAUGCACUUCAAGGUACUUGCCCUUUACUGUCACACCAAACUCCAUGAAUGCAUACGUUGAAUAA